ACAGCGGGAGCCCUCAGAGGAGGACCCCGCCGAUACCCUCCAAGAGACACCGAGGGAAGCGGCCUCUUUAAAGCGCCCUUGCCGGCGAAGGAGGCGGGGACGUCGCCACAGGAAGUGCCCCCUCCCGGAGCCGAGGAAGGGGAAUAGGCCCCAAGAUGGCGGUGGUGGCGGCGGCCGAGCGGCUCCUGUCGGAGGGGGAAGGAGGCGCCAUGGACUCGGCGCGGCUCUCGCCGCCGCCUCUGCCCCAGCCCCGCGGCGGCGGCGGCGGCGGCGGGGAAGCGCAGCCCCUCGAGCAGCUCCCGCAGAGCAACACGCUGGUGGGGCUGCCCAUCGUGGCCAUCGAGGGCAUCCUGGGCUUCCUGUCCUACGACGAGACCAGCCAGCUCCGCCUGGUGAGGGGCCGCGUCGUGGGGGGAGAGGGAGGCGCGGGACCGGGGGUGGGGUGGGGAAGGAAGAAGCGACGCCUCGGACCCCCCUGCCUUGGCCUGGGGGGGGGAUUUGGGGGCGCGACACUUCGCAUCCGUUCGCUUUGCCGUUUCCCCCCCACCCCACCCCUCCCCUCCGGAUUGGCAAGCGUUUCCACUUGGUUUUUUGAUUCGGUUCGGCGAUCCCAACUCCACGCCUCCUUCCCCGGCUUAUCCCUUUCCCCACUUGAUUUGGGAGAGACCGGCGUGGUCGCACUGGAUGACCUCUGGAUUCCCUUUCCUUUGGAAAUCCUCUCUCCCCACCCCUCCUGCCCACCUUGAAGAAAUCGCCCGCUCUUUUUGGGGGGGGGGGGAGGGAGGGAAAGGGAUCCAGCCAGAGGUUUAACGGGGAAGGGCCAAGGAUGAUCGCCGCAGGUUGCAGCCCCUUUGCGGCAGAGCUCUAUUUGCCUGCUGCGCCUUUUUCGGGAAAGAUUGGGAAUCGGUGGUACGACGCUGGGGGGUGAAGGUCUCCGUAAAUCGGAUCGUCAUUGUAUCUCACUAGAACCCUGUUCAUACUCAACAUUCACCCCCCUUACCCACCCCGCUUCCUUGUAUUUUGACUUUUUUUCCCUUGACAGCGUUUCCAUUGCAGACCAUCUCUUUAUAUAGCAUGGGCGAUGGGACUCUUCCGAUGAGGUUGAUCGUGUAGAGUUAAUUUCCUCUACCAUGCAAAGAGACUGCGGUACAUAAUCUAUGCUUUGGGCCUGUGUAUCAUUUCUAUAGUGCUUUCUAGUGAAUGGAAUGCUUUUCUUUCUUUCUUUCUUUUGGUAAUUAUUUAAUGUAUCUCGUUGUAAUUCCAUAGAGUUGGGGGCAAUUGCAUACUGCUAGGUGCCAUUCUCAGAAGAUCUCACGUUCACCUAAAGGCAGAAAAUCCAUGUGGCAAUAGUCACAUGGGAGGGAGGGAAUUUGUGGAAUAAGAAGAGUAUCUACUGCAUCUGUUUUAGUUCUGUUCUGAUAAAGGCACAGUUUGGAUGCAUUCAGUAGCUUUAGAAUUUCAGUAUCGUAAAGCAGAUGUUUAAUAAUCUAAGGCUUAUAUUCUCCCUAAACUAGUUCCUAGAUGUGGAAUGAACGCUUUACUAUUGUCAGACUUUCUCUAUAUAAAAAAUCUUAAAGCAUUAUUGGAAAAAAAAACACCUCUAAAUUGAUGCUUUUUGAGAUCAGGUCCAUGUUUUGAUAUAGUCUACACCAGUGUCCAAUGUUAAUUUUUAAUUUUAAUGGAUCCCCAUGUAUGUGCCUGUGAAUGCUGUCUCUGUAGGUUUCUCUGCAAGAGUAUGGCUUUUUCUCCACAGCAGUACAAUCCUUUGUGUAUUUACUUGGAAGUAAAUUGCAUAUUCAUCAGUGCAGCUUUCCCCCAGGUAAUGUGCAAUUGCAUAGGAUUGCAGUCUAAGGCACUCAGCCUUGGGAGUGCCUACUCCUUCAGAGCAGAUAUACAUUGGAUUACAAGACACCUUUUUGUGAUGAACAAUGUCAUUGACUGCUUAAAGGAGAGCUUAUUUUGAUUCCUGAUGCCCGAGAUAUUUGACACUUUUUGAAAAUAAAUAUGACUAUGAACAGAAUUUUGUUUGCUUUAUUUCUCUUGUUGGUAUGUGCAACCUAUGGUCAAGGCAGUAAGCAAAUUGACUAACUUGUAAAGCUUUGACAGGUUUUUCCACCUUUCAGUUUUCAUUUUCUGUUACCUCUUCAUCAAACAGCAUUACAGCCCUUUGGGGGGGAAAUUAGAUAGAUGUGUGUAAUACCAUGACAAUCAUCUUUGCUUAGAACAGGCAUAGGCAAACUCGGCCCUCCAGCUGUUUAGGGACUACAACUCCCAUGAUCCCUAGCUAACAGGACCAGUGGUCAGGAAUGAUGGGAAUUGUAGUCCCAAAAACAUCUGGAGGGCCGAGUUUGCCUAUGCCUGGGUAAGAACGUUGAAUUAGAAGGGGAAAUGUGCAUUAUUGCUUUUGCCUCAUAUUCCUUUGAUCUUGGAGGGUGGUUGCCAUCUAACAUGCAGCCCAGUUUUACACAUAAGUGCUCAGAAGCUAGUCUCAUUCUGUUCAUUGGACUGUACUCACAGGUAAGUGAGUUUAGAAUGGCAUUCUUAAUUUAUCUUAAAUAUUAUUAGAAUUGGUGUAGCUGAGAUUCCUUGCUAAACAGAAGCUGCUACCAGUGCUUUUUUUUCUGGGCGUACACAUACCCCUAAACAUUUUGUGAAGUUUGGCCUCAUUGAGGGGCAGUAUUUCAAUAUGAAUAGGGAAAUGAGAGUAUCCCCCAAACAUUUUUUUUAGAAAAAAGCACUGGCUACUACAAAAGACAGUUGCGUUGGCCACUUCAUCACUGUGCUAUGAAAAACUAGCUUGGGUUAAAUAUUAAUGCAUUAUAAGAAAGUAACAGUGGAUUUCUAGUUGAUAUUGUGAAGCAAACACCAAACCCUCUCUUUUCUCAGCUGAUGUGUUUACGUAGGCAUCAAACUGAUGUAGCUAAGCAGCCAAACAUUCUAUCUGCUUCACAGUGCAUAGCAAUUGACGGGAAAGAUCCAAGUAAGAUUCCUUCUUGCUUCAGUGGCUUGAAGAGUGGAAUUAAUCAUAUACAGUUGAUUGUAUUCAUGGUAUAUAAUGCAAAUCUGAUAAACCCAUACUAGCUGUCUAAAAGGUACAGUUGCCCAACUUGUUUCCUUUUCCAGUACAGUGAUACCUUGGUUCUCAAACUUAAUCCUUUCCAGGAGUCUGUUCGACUCCCGAAACCGUUCGAAAAGCAAGGCGCGGCUUCCAAUUGGCUGCAGGAGCUUCUUGCACUCAAGCAGAAGUUGCGUCGGAUGUUUGGCUUCCGAGAAACGUUCACAAACCGGAACACUUCCGGGUUUGCGGUAUUUGGGAGCUGAUUUCUUCGACAACUAAGCCAUUUGUGAACCAAGGUACCACUGUACUUGUCCCAUUUGUUUGUUGGAGCAGAGAUGGCCCUAUGCCGUGUUCCCAUAGUGCAGCUUGGGAGCGCCUUGUGCAGUUUACUCCUCUCUGUCUAAUAGAAGUGGCAAAAACAGUUGUGCUUAUAUUUAUUUGAGUGUUUUUGAAGCACAGUGUCCCUCCUGUGCAAGGGGGAAUUGAUUAUUUGAAGGAUAUGUAUGAGAGUAACUAAGCUGCCCUGCUCAGAAGUGAGACAGAUGGAAGGACGGUCUUAGGUUUUGUUCUAGGUGCCUUGGGCUCCUGCAGCACAAAGCCCUACUGCCUUAUAUGCAACUUGAUUUUGCUGUUGGCCAUGACGCUGCCCACUCAGCAGUAUUUUGCCCAAAGAGUUCAGACCAUGCUCUUUGUUACAAAGAUUGAAUGGAGAUAAUCAUUCUGGGCUCCCAUCUUCUAUCGCAGUUAAGAUAAUCCUCCUAUCGUGUAACAAUUCUCCAUCUGGUGAUUCUGAAACAUGCAGAUGUGAGGAAUUACUGAAGAGCAAGUUAAGCAGAAAAAAUUAAGCAACUAAACAAGCAAAUAUCCAGUUAUUGGGAAAGUGUUCUACUACCAAUUUCAGGCAGCUUCUCAACAGACAGAUGAAUACAUGGUAGAACAUGAGCAGUAGUUCUUAUGUGUUUUCCUUGUUCUGAUUUUAACCUUAGUAUUAACAACAUGUGCAACAAUAGGCUUAUGAAACAGGUGAUGAGUACAAAGAAACAGAACGGAAAAUUACUAAACUUCUGAUCCCAGCCACCCCUUUCUCAUAUAUAAAAAUGCACCUUGAAAAUAUUGGAGUAUUUGUAUGUGUUUAAGAUGCCUUGUUUAAUUGCCCUGUUGUGUUCUUUCACUUUAUAGUGGUGUGCUGACAUCCAUAGUGCACAAGGUGCUUUCAAUUUGUGGGAUUUGAGCAACAACCUCCAUGGCACAUGGGUACGCACACUGGGUACUAGGUUGUUAUUCAUUUGUGAACCCCAGGACUGCUCUGGAAGAGCAAAGGAGAGAAACUGGAUAAUGGGUGGGUGAUUCCAGACACCAUAUUCUGUUCAGUACCAGUAGCUUCAACUAAGAUAAUGGAAGCAGAGGCGAACAUGACUUUGACACUCUUUGGCACCGUGUUUACAUCCUGUGCUGAUCAAUAUGUAGCUGACUCUUGACUCUAUCCGCUCACCCCAGGCAUGCCGAGGUAUAUUUAAGCUGGUGCUUGGAGGCUGUCGAAGAAUGGAUGAGAAAGAACAAGCUGUAGCUUGAUCCAGACAAGAUGAAAGUCAGAUCUCAUAUUAGUUCUCCAUGCCCUUGUCUCAUUAAGACUGGGCUACUGUAAUGCGCCUUUGAAGAAAGUCUAGAAACUUUGAACUAGUACAGAAUGUGAUUGCCUGGUUCUUGGCAGGGGCCAAAAAUCUGGAGGUGUUAUCCAAAUAUUGUGUCAGUUGCAAUGAUUAUCAGUGAGUUUCCAGGCCAAAUUCAAAGUGCUUUGAAGCACUGAAUGACUUGGUAUCUGCGUUUGAUUGAGAAUAUAAAUGAGGGUAGUUAACUGGGUUUUGCAUAAGCUAUUGUUAUUUUAUACUGAUGUUUAUUGUUGCUAUUUCUUAAAAAAUGUUUUUGUGUUAUGGAUUUGUACUUUGAAAUAUUGUACGCUGCUCUGUGGAGUCCUUUUUCAAAGAGCAGAGUAUAAAUCCAUUAAAUAAAUAACUAUAAAUACAAGCCUGCUAGUUUAGAGUAACAGGGAUUAAUACAUUAUUUCAGUGUACAUGCUCAAAACACUUCUGUUUGAUAGCAUCCAGAUGGCAUCAACUUGACUAUGCUUCUUGUUACUGAUUUUCAGAUAUUUAUAAUUACUAUACUUCCCAGCACAGUGAAGUAUCCUGAUCCGAAGGAAUGCAUGGGGGCAGGGGCUGCAUCUCUGAAGCCCUUCAGAAAGAUUUACCGUAAAUACCGCUGCAGGAGGCACUGAAACCAGCUCCUGCAGGGAUCUUCUUGCAUUUUUAAAGAAACGUCAAGGCUGUGAGUUACUCAGCACUUGCGUAGAAUUGCAGGAAAGCUCUAGAAUCUAGCUUACCUAACAUUCUAACCUAAGGAUUCUUUUAAAAAAAGAGAAUCUCCCCAAGGCCAGUUUUUGUUGCUUAUGGUUGCAAAGUUGCGUUUGAAAGUGUAGAUAAAUCUUGGCUACGCAGCAGAAGCCAAAAGGAUCAUUGGAGGUGAUUCUCAGGAGUCGGGUGCUGCCUCUGCAAUGCCUUGCAAAGCUUCUUUCCACCAUUUGCCUCAAGUGACUAGCGGAAGCAGAACAAACAAUUCUGCAAAAUACAAGAGAUCAUACAGACUUGCGUAAUUUAUACAGGUUGUGGAAUUCAUCACCUCGGCAUGUAAUUUAGAUUCUCCACCUCCUGCUCCUGCAUUGUAACAUCACUAACUAUAUCCUGACAAAGAUAUGAGAGACCCAACUAAUUUAAAAUGCAGUGUGGAUGAGCUUCCUGCCCCUGUACACAGCCCCUUCACACAAACGGGGAAACGAACCAGAAAGCUGUAGAUAAUCGUAGAUUCCAAUUGUGUGCAAACCUUAAUGGCUUCAAAGCAAGCCAGAAUUUGGUGGCUGGCAGAACUCCAGUUGUCUGGGGUGGGUAGCGAUUGCUCAUAACCAGUGGCACUCAAAAAGAAGGGAGCACCUGCAUAGACACUACUAAAGUUGUACAUGUAGCUGGCCAAGUUGCUCGCUGGUUUGCUGUAUGGUUCCUGAGAGCUGCUGCCUUGGCUUGUCACUGAGCCAACAGUCUAGUUUAGCUUCUUCUGUCCCCUUGAAAAGUGUUCAGUGGAGCAUAAGGAUUAUAUCCAGAAAUACUUGGAAGGUGAAAGUAAGGGCCUCAUGGUGCAAAACAAGCCAAUUGAAUGGACUUCAAAAGACAAAAAGAAGUGCAGAUAGUGGCAUAAGUACUUAGUGUCUCAACCAUCUUUGGAAGUUGACUGCUGUACUUUGAACAGCCAAACCUUCCAGACAAAAGGCAACCACAUUGCACCGAAUGCUAGAGUAGCCUUUGAGAUGCCCACAUACCAGGGUGGUAUUCUAAGUACGGCAGGGCUACCUGGAGACUGCAUUCAGGUGUUCAUGAAAUAGUGUUUGCCACAAAGAAUAGACGUCCAUAAUUCUCUGUUUCUUGAGGUUAUAGGAUCUCCUGGCAGCUAUUUUUUCAGCUUUAUACUAGCUAGUGAAGAGUACAAUCUUGUCCCCACUCCCAAUGCCACAAUUGUCCAAUGCUUAUGUGUGCCAGUUGUUAUUCAUGCUUUCUGUUCUUGUGCACGAGGCUAUUCCAGAAAGUUUCUCAAGUGUCCAGGCACAUCUUCGCACAGACCUAUCAAAGUGUGUGGCUUCUGUCUACUAGCCAUGAUGGCUUUGCUCUGCCACCACACUUGGAGGCAGCAAUACUUCUGAAUGCUGGUUUCUGGAAACCACAGGAAGAGGGAGAGCACUUAUGUGUGAAUCAUGCUUGCUGGUUUCCCACCGGUAUCUAGUGGGUCAGUGUGUGAACAGAAUGAUGGGACUAGAUGGGCCAUUGGCCUGUCCCAGCCAGGCUCUUAUGUUCUUAGAUGUUCUUCUGACUUACACUUAGUACAGGCAACCCCCAAUUUGCAUGGGGAUUGCAUUCCAGGUCAUCACACGUGAUGGUGGAGACCUCAUAAGCCUGUGCUGCCCUUUUCCAGCCACUUUUGUGUCACCUCAAAGCACGCGCGUAAAUUGAUCAUUGUCUUUAGUAGAGGACAGCUCUGUUCUUGAGAGCUUUUUCUGGGGUGGAGGGGGAGAUCACAAUCUUCAUCUCUUUUAAACUGGUUUUCUUAGCUCGUUUUCUCUUACAGUCCCCCCGUAUAAAAACUUGGCUAAACCUAUUUUUUGGGGGUGCUUCUAUCUGGCACUAGUAAGAAAAACACUCACUCUUUUAUUCACAGUUUUGAUUGCUUUUUAGGUUUAUUGACUGUGAAAUUUCCAAACAUGGCAAGUUGGGCCUUUUUGAGAUAGUGGCGUCAGUUGGAUAUUAGACAAGAAUUUCAUCUAUGUUCUCUCAAAACUAGUCAUUCAUGCAGCAGGGACUGGAGAUAGGAAGGCAGUGGAACAAGAAGGGGAUUUGUCUUAAACUUGAUGUGGGGUUAGACUUUGGACACAUGCUUGACAUCACUUGAUUCAGCCUCUCUAAAAAUGACAGCAGUGCCAUACUGUGCUUGUACAACUAUAGACUUGGAUUUGGGGAAUUAGCUUUAUUGUAAUUUAAAGAUCUAAACCCAUUAGAUAUUGUGCAAAAAUCUUCAGUGAACUAGACCAGACCCUCCUUGUAGGCUUACCAUCUGAUCAGAGACUAGACAUACAAAGUUAUGUUUUAAUUGUUUUGAUUUUUGCAAAGGAAUUUGUUGCAAUUUUAUUCUGUAUUUCAUUUUAAAGUGCAUGUAUUGUUUUGUUUUGUUUUGUUUUGUUUUGUUUUGUUUUGCUUUGUUUUGUUUUGUUUUGUGAGCCGCUUAGAGAACUCCUGUUAUAGAGCAGCUGUAUAAAUGCAGAGGCAGUAAUUAAGUAAGCAAUCAAGUGAAACAUUGGAGCAAAGGGAAGGAAGGUAAAUGAGGAAGAGUCAAUGGGGAGGGGGAAGUGAAAAGAUUUCUUAAAUGUAAGAGAAUUGGGUAGCAUAAUGGUAUAAAAAGAUUCCAGGGCUAUUUAAACCAUUUAUAUACCACUUAACUACAGUUGUUCUCUAAACUGCAUUAUUCUUCUGUGUCUGAUCAAAGAUCUGCCUAACUCGACAUUCUGCCUUCAGCAUUCAGUUGGUCCAUUACUCUGUGGAAGCCUAUCUCAACAAAUGGUAAUUGGAAGCAUACUACCAUUUAGGUUCCAUUUUCAAGCUAUUAUAAUCAGUAUCUAUCCUUGAUUGAUUCAGUCCUUCUUGAAAAGUGGCCUUUGCCGGUGCCAUCAUAAUGUUCUGUGGUGCUUAACUCCGCAAGUUCAUAAGGUGAAGUGCUUUCUUUGACUGAAAGGUAUUGUCAAAGGCCUACUUCAUCAAGUGUGUGGGCCACUUCACGUGUUUGAUGAAGUAGAGUGUAACUUUAAAAUUCAUACUGCAAUGAAUUGGUUGUUUCUGCCUUAACAAAUUACAUAUUCUGCUGUUCUGGAAUUAAUAGGGAACAUCCUAUUACUCUGGUUAUUUUGGUAGGCCCUGUGUAAUUUUUCUAGUUCUGGAAUACCUUUUCUAUGAUGCAGCUGCAUAUAAUAUUUCAAAUAUGGGUGCAUCACAUUUCACAUAGAAGUGUCAUUAAAGUUUUUUGCUGUUUUAUAUUCAGUAUCUUUCCUAAUAGUUUCUGACAUUGGCUUUGACUCCUCGCACCUCCAUUGCAGCAUUCUGAACUGGCAUCUUUUGGGAGACAUGCUGUGACCCCAAAAUAUUCUGUGUAGCUUUAGUAAGGGCACUUUUCAGGGAUCCCCCAAUUUCAGACCACGUGUGUUUUUUUCUCAGUAAUAAUAUUGGGCUGAAAAAUUAAAGUAACUUCCACAAACACUGUUAAACUAUAUCCUUUUGUUUUAGUGGUUUGAUCUUGAAUAUACUAAAGAGUGAACUAUGAAUCUUGCUCCCCCGCUGCCGAAACACCCAAAAUUGCAUGUCUGAGCUGAGUAGAUAAAUAGGUACCGCUGCGGCGGGAAGGUAAAUGGUGUUUCCAUGCACUCUGGCGCUUGUCACGGUGUCCCGUUGCACCAGAAGCAGUUUAGUCAUGCUGGCCACAUGACCCAGAAAAGCUGUCUGCGGGCAAACGCUGGCUCCCUUGGCCUGAAGUGAGAUGAGUGCUGCACCCCAUAGUCAAGUUUGACUGGACUUAACCGUCAAGGGGUCUUUUACCUUUUACAUGAGUCACAUCCACCAUUUUAUCGUUUGAGUUGGGAUACAGCCUUUUGGAGAUCCUUUGUUGUGUAGGAUUUAACUCCCUGAAUAUGUGGGUGUCAGUCUGCAAACCUAGCUGCCCCUUUAUUCAUCCCUACACAUACUGCUUAUGUGUGGAAUUCUAUAGCAUUAAUGAACAGAACCGGUUUUGUUUCUAUGUUCCCAGGUAGAUUUUGACUGAGGUUGUAGUAUUCUGCUUUGCCACUAGGUGUCAGGGUACGCAUAUAUUGCCUAAUGUGUAGAUCAAGGAACUCUACUUGAAGUUAGUGGGUGGAGAAGAUUCACAUUAAAUUAUGACAUGGGCAGUGCUGGGUUUUUCUCUCUUUUGCUUUUGUGUGUGCUUUUGUCAUAGCUGUCAACGUUUCCCCUUUUUUAAGGGGAAUUCCCUUAUUCCGAAUAGAAAUUCCCUUAUUCCUCGCAAGAAAAGGGAAAAGUUGACAGCUAUGGCUUUUGUGCUGCGGCAACAUUGGAAAUUAUUUCUGAUUCAUAGAUGUCAAACCACAUUUGUAGAAGCCAAUACAGUUGUUUCAGAGAUGCUUGCCCAGGGGAGAUGGGAAUAUUCCAAACAUUUAUACAUGUCACGAACUGUAUGUUUUCUAGGCACCUAGGUGCUGUCUGAACCCAGUGUUUUUCCAACACGCAAAGCAUUAGUACAUCAAGUUGUUCAUUUGGCUUGCAAUCUACUUUCAAUCUCUUUUAUGUCGGGGAAAGCUUAGAUCGGCAUGCUACAUUUAACCGGAGGUUCCAAGAUCAGAGACUUUACAGUAUAAAUUAAGAAACUUCCCUGAUUUGUAGAAUACGUUACAUUGGCACAUAACGUUAUAAACUUCUUGUGCUCGAGUAUAACUUUCAGAGAAAGAUGCUGUAACUGUUUUCAAGGACGUAUUGUUAGUUUCAGGUAAAAAACAAAGAAGUUUCUUUUGCUGAAACGUAGAUGAAAAUAUAUUUAACAAUGCAGAUAAAAACAAAGCCUUUCUGUAGUGUAUAUUGAGUGCAGAGCAGAGCAGCCUUUUAAACCAACCACCCCAGGAGUUCACGUUCUUUCCGUGUUACCUUUCAGAACCUUGCUUCUUUUUCAAAAGAUGGAAGUUACCUGGCCAGUAAUAAGUAAUAAUAACUUCCUUCAGCAACUUACUUGAUAACACAACUAUGAACAUAUUUUGGGUUUUACUGCAUUUUAUUGUUUGUGCUACAAAACUGCACUAAGAAAGAUGGGCUAGAAGUAAUUUUAAUAAUAUAUGUAUAUUGCUUCUGAUUAUAACUCUUGCUUGGUGUCUCUUUGGAAGGCCAGGUCAAUCUGUGUUAGACUUCAUAAUAUUUUUUUUUAUAAAUUUAUAUACCACCCUUAAUCCAAAGAUCUCAGAGUGGUUCACAAAAUCUCCUUGUUUUAAAUGUCUGAGAGAGGAGAGCCAAAUGACUUUGGUCUUCUUGCUCUCCUUUGAUGGUUGUUUUUCCCCCUCCUGUCUUCCUCAAGAUCUUUCCUGAAUUUUUCUGGUACGGGUGUGUAUUUUCAGCUUUUCUUUGGGAUAAACAGAACCUGUUUCUUCAGUCUUGCCUCAUGUGUAUGGUGUUUAUAAACCUUUAGUCAUCUCUGCUUUCUUCAUAAACUUCUCCAGUUUCUCUGCAUUCUUCUUAAAAUCUAAAAGAAAACAAAUCUUCAGCUGCCACCCGGUUCAUGCCCAGUAGGUGUGUUGUUCAGUAGCUUUGUAUCACUGAAAGCUUAGAAAUAGUUUUUGUGCAAGCAACUCCAGUGGUCAGAGAGGAAGCCGACUGUGUCCUUUGCCAAUGGCCAAAGGAACAAGGAUAAUUGCCCCCCCCUUUCAUGGCAGUGGGCAAACUGGCUUGGCCCUCAUCAUUGACCAAAGAAGGAACAUCUAAAGAAAAUAUACCAGUACCUUCCUGUCCCCUUCUUGCCAGCCAGAACUGUGUCUGCUCCAACUGAUGGUUGUCUUGGGAGGGCAGAAUAAAGUGAAAGGGGACACUGGCCUUUGUCAUCAGCCGGGUUGCCAGGUACCUGGCCAUCUCUGUUCAGGCAAGAACAGUGAGGGAAGGUCACCGUGCCCCAUCUGAAUAGAAAUGCCAGAUUAUUUAUUUAUUUAUUUUACCCCACCAAUCUGGCUGGGUUUCCUUAGCCACUCUGGGUGGCUCCCAACAGAAGACUAAAAACAGAAUAAAACUUCCAACAUUAAAAACUUCCCUAAACAGGUUUGCUUUCAGAUGUCUUCUAAAAGUCAGAUAGCAGUUUAUUUCCUUGACAUCUGAUGGGAGGGCGUUCCACAGGGCAGGCGCCACUACCGAGAAGGCCCUCUGCCUGGUUCCCUGUAACCUCACUUCUUGCAGUGAGGGAACUGCCAGAAGGCCCUCGGAGCUGGACCUCAGUGUCUGGGCUGAACGAUGGGGGUGGAGAUGCUCCUUCAGGUAUACAGGACCCAGGCCGUUUAGGGCUUUAAAGGUCAGCACCAACACUUUGAAUUGUGCUCGGAAACGUAUUGGGAGCCAAUGUAGGACCGGUGUUGUAUGGUCCCGGCGGCCACUCCCAGUCCCCAGUCUAGCUGCUGCAUUCUGGAUUGCAGUUUCAGAAUCACCUUGAAAGGUAGCCCCACGUAGAGCACGUUGCAGUAGUCCAAGCGGGAGAUAACCAGAGCAUGCACUACUCUGGCGAGACAAUCUACUCACAGCAGUAGCAGCAGCUACUUGCACCUUUACAACUUUCUACCUUGUUCUGGCAUUGUUUUUGAUCUUUUGCUAUUCUCUUUUCCCUCCACACCUUUUCCUUUUGUGUGACUUACCUUUUAGUCUGUAAACCUGAGCAUGUGCCUCAGCUUCUUUUUGAUUAUGAGCUCCUUUGGCAGAUGAAAGAGUGGAAUAAACAUAUAAUAAAUGGAAUUGAAGUGAAUGUUACAAUUUUAAAAGAAUCCAUUUAAGAAGAGUGUUACACCACUUGAGAAUUUAUUCAUGCACCAGAAAGCAUGGAUUUUUUUUUGUUAAGACAUCAACAUCCACACCAUGUGAGCGGUAAACAUGUUCUGGAGUUGGAGCUUUGGAACAAAUUAUUUGGAACGGGCAAAGUGACGGUUUUGUAAUCUUUGGAAGCGGCCCCAUUUCAAAUUGUGCUGUGUAGCCUUAAGACAAACUGGUUAAUCAUAAAAGGGGCUCACAGCUUAUUAACUACUAAAGAAGACACCUUGAGUUUUGUUUUUGUAUUUUCAAUGUAGGUUUGUAAGCGAAUGGACUUGGUCUGCCAGAGAAUGCUGAAUCAGGGAUUUCUGAAAGUGGAAAGAUACCACAACUUGUGCCAGAAACAGGUUAAAGCACAGCUCCCAAGGUAUGUGCUUACCACAAGGUCAGAAGUAAUACUCCUUAAAAAUCUGUAUUUGCAAGAAGAUUAUAUAAGGAAAGCUGCUUUGCAACCGGUUGUGAAACAAAUAUUUAAAGAAUAUAUCCUGCUUGUGCCUGAUGGAUUUGUGACAGUAGUCAAGGUUCUGCAUAGAGCAUGAAGAAUGAGCUACCAGUCCUGUUUGUGCACCUUAGCGCUGCAGCAGAAUAAUAAUAAUAAAUUUUAUUUAUAUCCCGCCCUCCCCAGCCGAAGCCGGGCUCAGGGCGGCUAACAACAAUAAAACAGUACAAAAGUACAGCACAAACAAUCUGUACCUUGAAUGAUUUUCUGUUUGGGUUGACUUUUCCCCCUCUGCUUGGCCCUAGGCUCUCAUUUUGCUUGAGUGUCACUGCCUGUCUUGCCUUUGGAGAAGACAGGCGCUAUCAGUGAUAUCCUAUAGUAAUACUGUAAGUCAUCUUUCACCAUCCUGGGACCCUCCAGAUGUUUUGAAGUAUAAUUACCUGGCCCUUGGCUGUACUGGCGAAGACUGCUUGGGAGUUGUAGUCAAAACAUCUCGCGGGCAUCGUGUUAGUUACCCCUGCUGUAGGUCAGUGGGAUUAUAAAUUGCAUGGCACACACUGGAAUAGGAUAGUGAGUUUUGUUUGCAUAUACCCACUGGCCACUGAAGGGUGUGUGUGUGUAAAUUUUAAAAAUAAUACGAGAGCAGGGCUACAUAUGGGAAUUGAAAAGCCCCUGUAUAGAAGACUGUGCCUUCCACAUCGCUCUAUAUCCUGGUUUAUGUACGGUAUUUAAUGCAGGUUAUCAUUCUGUAUGCUGGUUUUUUGGCUUCUCAGCACUGCCAGAGGUAGAACUGAUUUUAAACGGAGGCACUUACAGAGAAAUGUUGAAGCACUAGCUUCUCAAAUGUACAACUUGAGGCCCUUCUAUGGAAGCCACAGCCAUUUAAGGUCAAGGAAAUCACCUCCCAAGUUCAGCGUUUCCUGAAUGGUAACACCUUCUAUAUGGUACUCUCUCUCCCCAGGAAAACUCCAGCUCAACUCCCAUAGCAUUCAAAAAGCUGGUUAAAAUCUCUUGUUUUGCAGGGCUCUCAGGUUGGUAAACAACUUUGAGUUCUUUACUGUCUUAUCUCUGUGCUUUAUUCUAAUACAUUAUCUUCAUAUACAACGUCUAGCAUUUUUUAGUACAUUUGUAAGCUGCCUGAGGGUCCCAUUUGGGAUCAGAAAGUUAGAACUGCUGUGGGGAACCUCCAGUCUGUGGGCCUAAUUAGGUGUGCCAAGCCUCUCCCUUUGACCUGCAAGGCUAUUUUAGCCAAGCAACAUCCACCUGCCCUACACUCGACAUCACAUAUUACUGUAAAACAUGGCUAAGUUGAACAUGUCUUUGCAGACACGCACUGGCAGCACCCGCAAAGCAUUGUGCAUGGGGCUUCCCAAGAUCAGCUGAUCAGUCAGCGCUUUGUGGGCUGUGCCCUUACCUGUGCCUUUUGAUUUCAAGCCAUGUGGGCAAAAAUGGGUCUCAUAAUGUCAGGCGAUGUCCCGCCCAACUGCCAAAUUUGGCUUGGAGAGAGAAACAAUCAAUCCCUAACCCAUGGGUAGGCAAACUGAGGCCUGUGGGCCGGAUCAGACCCAGUUGCCUUCUGGAUCUGGCCCGCGGACGGUCUGGGAAUCGCCGUGUGGAUCACCAGCGUGCACAUUCUUUCCCUCUCCCUCCCUCGGUGGUGGUGGCGGCGCCUCCUCCCUCCCUCCUCCUGGCUUGUCCCCGCCCUGCCUAGAGGAGGAAGGGGACUGGGCUUUGUUGGUGCCAGCAGCAGCAGUGCUUGAGUGGCCACCAUUUUAAGCAGCCCCUCUCCGGAGCCCUUUUGCACGCCGCUCAUCAUCCCUCCUGCCCCUGCCACUCGCAAGACAGGUAAGCAGCCACCAGGGUUCAUGGUGCUCUUGGAUCAUUCCCCCCCCCCCAAUAUAGUCUGGCCCCCCACAAGGUCUGAGGGACAGUGGACUGGCCCCCUGCUGAAAACAUUUGCUGACCCCUGCCCUAACCCAUCCCUGGGCUAUAACAUAGGUCUGACAUGGGAGGCUGGAGGGACAUUGCUGCUGCCGUGAGUACUGCAAGGUCCAUUUCCACAUGGCAAAGGGGGCAGGGCCCAGACUCACCCUGAACAGUUAAAAGAAGCUCCUGGGAGUCUGGGGCUGCCCACUAGGCCAGGUGGAAAUGGGCCUUGCAGCAGGGAGUGUGUGGAAAAAAGAGAAGGAUAUUACUGUUGAAUUAAAUUAGCAACAGCUUCUGGUAUCUUCACAUUAGGUGCUGAACUGAUAGCAUACGCAAUGUCACCUGUAUCCAGUUCUUAUGCUAUAGUGUGAAAUAUCAAACUGCUGUUGGAAUUCUUCUUGGACUCAUGCAAGUGUGGCAAUGGUGGUGAGCAAAGGAGGGCUAUGAGCGAUGUUCUAGCAAUGCAUUUUCCUCAUGUAUUUAUUUUUAAAGUACUCCAUCUACUUUUCAAGGAAACUCAAGGCUCUUUAGUUUCACCCAUGUCUGAAAAUUACUUGGAAAAUAAUAGGAAAAUUGUUGGAUCUAUAUAAAAGCAGAUUGAGUCAUAAACAUUAUUAUUUUGAACUAGAAUGGAAAAAAAUGGAACGGCUUCUUAAAGCACACAUCAUUUUUGGUGACAGAAUCUGGUAAACUUCCAGACUAUAUUGCUCCACCUGUCCUGCAGAUCUCUGCCGUGUUUCUCACUGUCUUGGAUGUGUCUUUGUAGACGGGAAUCGGAACGGAGAAAUCACUCGCUAGCUCGCCAUGCAGACAUUCUUGCUGCUGUAGAAACAAGGCUGUCCCUGCUAAAUAUGACCUUCAUGAAGUAUGUGGAUUCUAACCUCUGCUGCUUUAUACCUGGGAAGGUAAAGUCCAAAAGAUGGCUGCAUUUAAGUGUGAUGGAAUAAGUCAUUAGGGCUAAACUUUGUUUUGAGGAGCCACUGAUGGAAAUUCAGAACCUUCUGUAGGCUUAUCUCAGAUGGUUCUUAUCCAAAUGCUGUUCCUUUGUUAAUAACGGAUUGGCUUAACAACUUAUUAGGGCUUUGAUCAUAUGGUAUGUAAAUGUACUAGCUGAAACUAUUUAUAAAACAUUGAUUAAAAUGUGAAUUGCAUUGCUUGUAAAUAAAAUGGUAAAUGACUCAUAAGUUGUUCUCAAGAUAAUUUCAAGUACCUUUCAAUUACUUUUAAAAUAAUUUUAAGUCACUGUGGAAAUUAGACAUUAUUAAAGGAUAUGCUACUCUUAGCUUUUGCCAGUCGCCAUGUCUCAACUUUUCUCGUUUGUUUUAGGUAAUUGAUGAAAUUUAUCGUGUGUUAAGGUAUGUAAACUCUACCAAAGCUCCCCAGAGAGCCCACGAAGUCCUUCAGGAGUUAAGGGACAUUUCAUCGAUGGCAAUGGAAUAUUUUGAUGAGAAGAUUGUUCCAAUUCUAAAAAGAAAAUUGCCUGGAUCAGAUGUAUCAGGACGGCUUAUAGCGGCAGCUCCAGGUACCUCAUGUAUGCUCUGAGUCUUUGUACAUUAUGCAGCCAGUGGGAAGCUAUAGUACUUCCACUUUCUUGUGAUUUUUGUUUCCUCUGAAUGUUAUCAUUAAAAAAGGGUGUUCCAUUACUAUAUUAAAACAGAACAGAACGUUUUAAAAUAGAAACUAUUUGAAGGAUCCAGAGAAAAAGUGAGAAGCAUUCUGCUAGUGGAAAGUGUGCUUCCAGUUAAUGUGCAUGGAAGGGGGAAGGAUGAUAAUUUUCCCCACCCCAACUCUAUAUUCCCCACAAAUCUGCUCUGCUUCCUUUGGAAUAGGGUGGGAAGUGGUUUGCAGCAGCCGCAAGGGAGUAUAGGUGGAGAUCUCUCCCCCCACCCACUGCACCCACUUCUGUUCCUAGAACUCUCCACAGGAUUGAAGGCGCUUCUGUGAACAGAGGUGUCCUUUGGAUCCAAUCCAAUGGCUUCUAAAAGGAAGAACCUUCCUUCUUUGGUUAUCUUGCUUAUAUUAAUGUCUUUUGUACUACUGAAAGUAACUUCAUAUUGAUGUAUGCAUGGCUGGAAGCACCAGAUUGGUUCUGCCAGUGAGCCUGCACCACUGUAUCCUCACUGCCAUCAUGCUUUAUCCCCAUUCCAUCCCAGUAAGUGUGUUUAUAUGUGUUGGAAGCUGCCCAGAGUGGCUGGGGCAACCCAGCCAGAUGGGUUGGGAUGAUGAUGGUGAUAAUGAUAAUAUAUUAUUUUUAUUAUUAUUGUUGUUGCCUAAUUUUUCCUUAACAUUGCAUUAGGAAAAGCAGCGCCAUGACCUAAAUUAUGAUGGAAAUUUACACUUUUUGAUUUGGUGGGUGGAGCACACCUUUCCUGCUCUCCCUUAAUGAUAGGUUGAUACUCCUACAGUCAGAAAUUAAAUUACUUUCUAGAAUACUGUCCUGGUGUUAUCGUAUGAUUAGGCAGUAGGAGGUACCGGUAAUUAUUUCUUGUGCACUAAUUUUCUCCCUUAAAGCAAAAACUCUAGUGCAGUGUAAUGUCUUGUCAAGCUCUGUUUUUUGCUAGUUUAUUAUCUGGAAUUCCAGCUUUGCAAUAGAGGCCUUUAGCUCUCAUCCUCUUUAGGUUUGGAUUUGGGGUUGAUAAUAGACUCUAAUUACUGAAUGAUGUAAAAUUAAUAUACCCAGUGUUUUUUCUGGGGGUGCUCAAGAGUAUGCAGUACUGGUGCACCUCCCUCCCCCAUUAAAAGUGUAGCACUUACUGUAACAACUUCAUGGUUGAGUACCAGCACUUUUUUUUCUAUAAAAAAAGCACUGAAUAUACAAUACAAUAGCCUUCCCAGUAUAUAGUAGCAACAGAACAUAAUACAAACAGAAUAACUGAUAAUAUAGAACUCUUCUAACAAUACAUCAAUAAUUAAAAUAGAAAAGUGUACAGUAGUGUAAAUUAAUAACAAACCUUUUUAUUAACCCCCACGAUUCUUACCAAACUAGAGCUGUUAAAAUUCUUUAAAGUCUUAGGAUAGCCUCACUCACUCUAUACCUGUUCAAAGUCUCUUUUUAAUAACCAAAUUACAAAUAUUUUUUCACGUAAAAUGCCAAGAGAUUUUUAGCUAUCAAAAUAGAUAUUGAAUAUAAAUCAACUUGGCUUUGCUUCCUCUAUAUCCUUCCUUCCUUCUGUUCUAUAUACGAUAUGCUUCCUACAGUCUUCUAUUUUGUGUACAACUUUGGCCAGUAAAACCAAACUUGAAUCCUAAAACAAAGCAGUGUUUACUUUUUGCCCAAAUAAUUCACUCUUUAUACUUAAAGUCAACCUUUAGAGGGCAGCAGCCGUAUCUCACUUUCCAGCACUAAAUUUUACUUUGCUUAUAGGCAGGUCUGGAAGCAUGAGGUUAGUUCUUAAGAAUGUUAUUCAGGUACUCUACUGGAAACAAUUACUGCAAGGCUUGGGUAACAUUCAAUGACAUGACAACCAUAUUGCUGGGGGCUGAUUAUGUGGGUCGUGAUUACUGAAGUGACUGUUUCCCAUGAAUGCUGAUUUCAUAAGAGAGACCCAUGCAACCAACAUCUGUUAACACGGCUUUUUUGUUUACUAUGAGGAGUUCCUGAAAUAGUUGGGCUAAAAUGUAAAAGGCCUCCAACAUACCUGGUGUAAUAUUUAAGGGCAGAAUACAGUGGUUCCUCGGGUUACAUACGCUUCAGGUUACAGACUCCGCUAACCCAGAAAUAGUACCUCGGGUUAAGAACUUCGCUUCAGGAUGAGAACAGAAAUCGUGCUCCAGCAGCGCAGCAGCAGCAGGAGCCCCCAUUAGCUAAAGUGGUGCUUCAGGUUAAGAACAGUUUCAGGUUAAGAACGGACCUCCGGAACAAAUUAACAGUGGCGUAGCGUGGGGGGUGCAGGGGGGGGCCGGCCGCACCGGGCGCAACAUCUGGGGGUUAGGGUUAGGGGGCGCAAAUCCACGGGUUAGGGGGCGCAAAUUACUUGCCUUGCCCCGGGUGCUGACAACCCACGCUAUGCCACUGCAAAUUAAGUACUUAACCCGAGGUACCACUGUAUACAGUUGGUAACAUAACGUUGAAACAAUAUUUAAGGGGUGUGCUCACUUGAAGGGCAACCUGUUCUGCUGGCUGCAAGUAGGAGUGUCUCUAAACAGCACUUUCCUCUUUACCUGUUAAGCAGGAAUGUAAAAAUCUGUGAAUAUGCUCAAGUCUUGCGCAUGCAUUAAAUUUUGUUUAUAUGCAGGGGAAUAGUUAUAGAUUUGCUUGUUCACAUUGCAAACCUUGAUGCUUUGUUUUGAAGGCUGAGUGCAAGUCAAAAUCUGAAAUGAGACGGGGGGAAAUGUAAAUUUUCUCUUCCUGCAGUUCCAGGUCCUUCUGCAGCCUUAACAACAAUGCAGCUCUUCUCCAAACAAAACCCAUCGAGGCAGGAGGUCACCAAACUCCAGCAGCAAGUGAAAACCAACGGUGCAGGUGUGACUGUGCUAAGGCGCGAAAUAUCGGAGCUUCGCACCAAAGUGCAAGAGCAACAGAAGCAGCUGCAAGAUCAAGAUCAGAAACUGCUUGAGCAAACCCAGAUCAUAGGUGAGCAGAAUGCCCGAUUGGCUGAGCUCGAACGUAAACUGCGAGAGGUUAUGGAAAGCGCAGUGGGAAAUUCCUCAGGGUCAGCACCAAGCGAGGAGACUCCUAGGAAAAGGAAGAAGGCUGUCGAAUCAAUAGGUGCGCUUAGGAAGUCUAAACGCCUUCGAAAUAAUAAAUAACUUUGGAAUAAAUGACACCUCCAGGAGGAUGUACUGCUUUAGUAGCCCAAGCAGGUUGUCUGGUCUGGAUACCGCUAUUCAGAGCAUGGUGUCAUUUAGGCUGCUGGUUCUUCAGAACACCAUAGACUUGAACAACUUUCUCUCGUUGCUGAGAUGUUUCUUCCCAAACCUGCCCUGCUUCUGUUUGAGUGGGCCUACGGCACAGAAUCAUUAUAACUUGCCAUAGAUUUGUACUAACCAGACCUGCUCUAUCACGUUUUGAAAAGUUAAUUUUCCUUUUCUGUGCAGAUGACUAUUAAAGUGAAACUUAUAUUUAUGCAUCUGUUCCUGUAAAUGAGUAUACUAAAUAACCCAGGCUUAAUUGGCUAGAAGAUUAAAAGUGGAUAAACAGCAGAUGUUCUCUUCACUUGAAAGAACCACUUUUUGAAAAUCUUGUGGGGUUUUUUUUGGCGGGGGGAGGUUGACUUUUUUGUUGCAAGUGACCAGGUUUAGAAUGUCUGAAAAGUAGCUUAUAAAUGUGGGAGUCAACAUAACAAGUAAAUAUGACUUCUGAAGCUUACAGUAUUGGCUAUAUAUAUUUUUGUAAAACUUAACAGGCAAGGGACUUCAGUUUAGAUUUCACAAAUGCAUACCCUCCUCCUAAGCAUUUGGAGCCAUAUUUUUAUCUUUGCAUGGAGAGACGCAUGCAUUUCUUAGUCAGCUUGGUAAAGCAUUUGCCUGGAGUUGCAAUUAAAUCGUUGGCCUCUGUCACCUUUUGUACAGCAAUUUCUUGGUUCCUUAGCCAUGACUUUGCAUUUGCUUUCAGCAGAGCUGUUUCUUUUCUUGCAAGGUCAUUUUAUCUUACUUUUGUCAAGAGUAUAUAAGCCAGACUAUUUUGCUGCUUCUGCUUGCCUAUAGAUAGCAGGUACUCUUUUAUCUAAAGGUUGAUUCCUUUAGCCUGUGAGUUUCUGAUUAUACACUACUGAUGCUGAUUCAGCGGUUCAAAGACUAUUAAACAUUGGAUAAAAACGAUUUGUUCUUCGUAUUACACAGGCUUCCUAAGGCAUGGUUCAAAUUCUAAAAAGUUUAUGUUGAGAGAAAGACCUUACUGUUACAUUGAAAUAACUGUCUAAUACUGUGUUCCUUAUCAUAAAAAGUAAAUUGAUUUCAGACAAAAAAAGCUUUAAUUUCUUUUGCACUCCUUCCAUUUUGAAUUUGUAACUGGAAACGCAUGUCUUGCACUGUACAGUCUGGAUUUGUCACUUUAACAGCCUCAAAGUUGUAAUGUACAGUGAAUUUCUCCCCGGUUGUAUUUUUUUUUAAGCAUCCAACAAGUAUUGCUGUCCAUGGUUUUUAAUUUGCUGUUACCAAACGAUGUCACUGUUGCUCGACUGUUACAUUUUCCUCUUAAUCUGCUUUUGCCGAAUGGACAUAUUUUCACAAGACUGAAUUUGAAAUGAGAAUAGAAAAUUGAAUUUGAGUGGUAGUUCAAAAGGCCACUGGUAACUUAGACAUUUCGCUGAAGUACCUUGGUUUAAAAUGGAAGCUGCUUAUUCAUUUUCAUUUGUCAAGUUAAAGAUAAAACACAAAGCUUUCCUAAAGACUGUUCUGGGCUUUUUCUUAAAUGUUAAUCAAAGUCCAUUAAUUCAUAAUUUGGAGUAGAUUUUCCCCCCCAUAAAACAAUAUAUUACAAAUUGAUGUCCAGAGUUUGGAGUUUUGAUUUUUUAAAUUAUAUUGUUUUUGCUAUCUUAAGGCCUUUUUACUGUUUGUGUCCCCGUCCCCCCUUUUAAAUGGGAGCAGACUCUUGUGUCUUAGCAGUGGGCAUAUAUUCAACUGUCUCAAGGAUAAUAUAUGAAUUUUAAAACAUUCACUUGAAAGUUUCUUAUUUUUGAGGAGCUAUGUUGUACAACAUCAGCAUGAUUGAUCAUUAGAAAUAACAACUGCGGAUGCAUUCCAGAGUGGGAACACAAA